AAAAAUUGAUUUUUAUAUUCCAUCGUGACAAGCAGCAACACGGAAAAAAAACGACUAAGCUGAUAGACUCCUUUGUAAACAGAAGAGUGCAAAAGAAGGUUAACUUUUUCCGUAUUAAAAUAAUCCUCAUUAAAGAUCAAAGAGUUUUUCAGAAGACUUUAAGUUUCGAAUGACGUUAAUCGCAUCUUGUUUUUUGAUAAAAUAUAAUAAAAGAUAAUGAAUAAACAGUUGAAAACUGGAAUGUUAUAUGCUACUCUCAUUAUCUGGACAAUGAAGAGAUUUGUUUGUAUAUAAUAAAGUUAGCGUGGAACACACGAUCAUUAUAUAAAACGAGUCAAUAGCCCGUGAAAAAUUGUUUGAAAUGUAUUGGAUCGUGUAUCUUUGACAAAAGGUUGCAGGUUUUUUGAUGACGGUUGAUACCUGUUUAUUCCGAAACAGAUUUAGGGACCCCCAGGUUUGGAAAACUUGCCCAAAUUGUCCCAGGUGGUCCCUAGUUACCUACGCAGUGAAAAAUGGCUGACGUCACCACCUCGAUUCCAAGUUAUUUGGCCUAAAAGUUUUAGGUGCACUGUAAUGACUUCACUAAUUUAAUAUAGCGAAGUUUAACAUUUGAGACAUGACAUUUUCGGCGACAUCAAAGGAAAAUGAACACAUCCACUUUGCCUGUCACAGACACACACACUCUCUGUAUUAUUAUAAAAGAAGAUUGACAAACAUUUUUCUUAAUAACUUAAUAUCUUUGUGCAAUUUAAAUUAAAAGCUGAGUAUAAACAAAACAUUUUAAUGACCAAUCACACAUUUAUACAUGUGGAGUUAUGAAGCAUAUGCAACGGAAUCUAAUAACUUUUCUUCCUUCUAUAGCAAUUUCAACCAUUCAAAUGUCAACUGAAAUUAUCCAACGUUGUACUGAAGCAUUUUCGUUUUUAAUGCAUUUUAAAGGGAAAGUAAAAAUGUGCGAAACAUAAAAUUAGCAAAAAUAGUACAUGUUUUUUUAUAAGCAACCGAGUUGCUAACGUCUCGGCCUCAAAUUUGGCUUAAAAAUUAAAUAACUUUUUAGCAACACCUUAGGCCUACAGAAAAACUGCACUAAGCAACUUACUGAGAAACAGAUGAAAUAGACAAACAAAUAUCGAUUUUCAUCAUACCAGAUAAAAAUAACUUGGAAUCCCAUACCAGCAGAAGAGGAAAAUGGUUAUGUGGUUGGAUAUAAGAUCAAAUACGUUCUUGUACGUCAAGCAGAUAUAGACGUGACAGUAGGUGAGACGCCAUCAGUCAAACAAGUUGAUCGUUUUACAUUCUCUGCGUAUAUAGAUGACUUAUCCCCUUACUCGAUGUAUAAAUUUGAAAUCUUUGCGUUUGCUAAAGAAGGAGAUGGCCCAGCUUUCACAUUUACAGCUGAAACAUGCAGAUGUCCUCAAAACAUUUAUGCGAAUUUCUAUAGCUUGAAACCAUACAUUUAUCAUGAUAAAAGCAAAGGCAGGGACACUCAAGGUUUUUUUCCCCAGCUAUUAACAACCAUAUUGAAAAACGUAUGCACGAAUUGCAAAGCAUACACUAUUCCAAAAAUUUACUUUGAUCGAACAGUAACUGGUCAUUCUGCAGAGAAACUGAAGUCACAACACAUGAAAGAAGACAUCGGAUCAACAGUGCAGUUAAGCAUGCCCGUCUAUGGCAAAUUUGCAAUAAGGAGAUACGCUGGUAUCUAUCCAUACAUAGGUAUUGUAAAAACACAAGGAAGUGCAGCUAUUAUGUACGAUCAAAAGGUGAGAAGAUAUCAGAUGAAAGACUUGUUAAGAAAUGUAGUUGCAUCAUGGACAACCGUUGCAAUAAUGGUACUGUUGUCCAUAAUAUGUGGAUGGUUACUAUGGUUUACUGAACAAUCUUCUUCCGCGAGUGAUUUAACGUUGGAUAACUGUUGGAGAGGAGCUUUACAAGGAAUGUGGAUGGCAUUUAUAACGAUGGGAACUGUGGGAUAUGGCGAUUACAAUCCGAGUACGAACGCAUCAAAGGCUUUAUUGAUAUACUGGACAUUGCUUGGCCUAAUCAUGACCAGUAUUUUUAUUGCAUCGAUUUCAACAAAUUUGGUGUCGAGCAAUUUACAACAAGAAGUUAUAUUAUAUGGUGUUCAAGUUGCUGUUAUUCCUGGGACUGCAGAGUAUAGUUUAGCUGUUGCACGAAACGCAAAGAUAUACAACGUAAGUCGACCGAUAGAUGUAUUGGAAGCUGUCAGCAAAGACAUUGUUCCGAUUGGUCUGCUCGAUGCAUACACAGCAACUAGUUACAGUGACCACCUAAAGAAAAUGACUCUUACUGUAAAGAAAAUAUUUGACACAAACAGUGGAUAUGGAACAGUGUUGUCGGGAGGCUUGGAAAGCCUUGAAGACGAUGUUCGCAGUUAUGUUGACGCAAAUCAGGGGAGCAUUAGUGCGUUCAUUAGCAGUCAGACAGAUGUUUUAAAACCCAAUGCGACCCUCAUAAAGACUGAAUUUAUUCCAAAGGAUGAAUUGAUUGACUUCUCAAUUUUGUUGUGCUAUGUUUUUCUUGGUAUGUGUGUCCUUGGAACUUUUGUAUGGUUGUGUUGCCUUAAAAGAAGAGGAAAGAAAAAAAUUCAACCUAUAGCUUCAAGGGAUGAAAUAGUUAAGAACGAAUUAACACAAGAUAUAAAUGACUUUGCGCACAAUUUUAAAAGUCGUGUAGAGAAGAUGGAUGAAAAACAUUCCAGUGAACUUUCUCGUCUGCAAGUCUUACGAACAAACUUUAUGCGACUUAUGAAAAGACAUGGCCAUACAGAAAAAGAAGUGAAUGAUCGAUUUGAUGCAAUACGAAAAAAGAGCGUGAAAAAAAUUAGAAAACAUCGCAAAAGAUUAAAAUAUUUAGAAACAAGCAUUUAAUUAUACACGCCAAUGAAUGUGAAAAAAUAUACAUUGUUAGAUUGUAUGAUUUUUACGAUGAUUCUGACGAUGGUAAAACGACCGUUGGUCUGCUGAUAAUGCACUUUUAUAUAUUUACUUAUUUAUUUAUUUGUUUAUAUUCACCUUUUUAUAUAAUUUUAUCUUUUUUUCACUACAAUUUGUUAGCAUACACAUUUUUAUAAGCAUUAAUUUCUUUUCAUUUUAAUAAAUAUAUACGAUUAAAAAAAUACCAGUGUUUAUUUUUCUUUGCAAUCCUUAUUUGGAAUAACACCAACAAUCAAUGAUAUUACCUAUAAUCCAGAUAUGUUGCAACAGAGCUUUAAGCUAAUCUCAAUUAUCUUUUAUCCAAAAAAAGGGAAGUAAAUCUAAGUGUGAGAACUACCGACCCAUAUCUCUUUUUUGUUUACCUGAAAAAAGUUUCGAAGGUGUCAUUGCCUCGAUUCUUGACAAGCAUGUUUAUAGUAAUAAACUGCUAAGCAGAGAUCAAUGGGGUUUCAGAAUAGGUAUUUUGGCAUGGAGGUAUAUAUCUUUAUAUCGUAAAAAGCCGCGAUAUACAAUAUCAUUCUAACUUUUAUUUUAGCCACACUUUGGGGGAACAAUGCGCGAGCCGUAAAAAAGCGACUUGUGAUUUUUGUGCUGUGGACCCACAUGCUCACUCACGCAAGGAAAUUAAUAUA